AAGGAAAAGGGAGGAGACUGGCACUCUGACGUCACUGCUGAAAGAGAAACUAAAAGGAGGAAAAGAGCCGCAUGUUUUUACUUUCCUUUACAGAUCUAAAAAAGAUUUAGAACUACAUACUCCAGACAUGGCUUCUGCUACUACUAGUAGUCUAAUUGCUGAGGACAAUUUUCUUUGUUCCAUCUGUCUGGAUGUGUUCACUAAACCGGUGUCAAUUCCCUGUGGGCACAACUUCUGUCUUGAUUGCAUCACAGACUACUGGGACACUAACGAUACUGUAAUGCAAUGUCCACUGUGUAAAGAGAACUUCUACAGCAGGCCAAUGCUUCGGGUUAACACUUUCAUUGCUGGGAUGGCUGCAAAGGUCAAGAAAUUGAUUGAAGAAAGAUCUUGUGGUCCCCCUGCAAAAGCAGGAAACGGAAACGUGCUCUGUGAUAUGUGCACAGGGGCAAAGCUCACAGCCCUCAAGUCCUGCUUAGUGUGUUUCAUGUCUUUCUGUGACACACAUCUGGAGCCUCAUCAGAGAAUUCCAGCCAUGAAAAAACACAAGCUAAUCCAACCGGUUGAGAACCUAGAGAGCAGGAUGUGCAAGGCACAUGACGAGCCUUUUGAGCUGUUUUGCAAGGUGGACCAAAUGUUUGCAUGUGAGUCCUGUAAAAACACUGACCAUAAAACCCAUAAGAUGGUGAGUCUGGAGGAGGAGGCACAAAUGAGAAAGACCCAGCUGGGAAUAGAGAAGAAAAGCAUGGAUCAGAUGAUCCAGGCACGUCAGCAGAAGAUUCACGAGAUCCAACACUCAAUGGAGGCUAGCAGGAAUAAUGCAGCAAAGGCGCUGUCAUACAACAUGCAUGUGAUGACUUCUGUGGUGGACUACAUUAAGAGAAGCCAAGCUGAGCUAACUGAGGUAAUUGAGACGAAGCAGAAAAAAAUUGAAACAGAAACAAAAGGCUUCAUUAAAGAACUGGAGGGAGAAAUUUUGCAAAUAAAGCAAAAAAGCUUGCAGCUUAAUCAGGUCUCACUUACCGACGAUGCCUUGAUGUUCCUUGAGAAUGUCCUGUCAAUUACCAUCGCUUCGCCCCACGUUAAGGAAUGGUCUGAUUUGACUCUUACCAAUGAUGAGUUUACUGUGCAAGGAGCCUUGGCCAUGCUGGAGACAACAGUGAGGAGUGAAGUACGGAUGCUUUGUGAUCCCGACUUGAAAGAAAUGAAGCGACAUGCUGUGGAUGUGACUCUGGAUCCUGACACAGCAAACCCUCUUCUCAAUAUUUCUUCGGAUGGGAAACGAGUCACGCAUGGAGACAGAAAGAGGAAUCUCCCAAACAAACCAGAGAGGUUUGAACAUGUCCUUAAUGUUCUUGCAAAGGAGGGUUUCUCCUUGGGAAAAUUCUACUAUGAGGUCCAGGUUAAAGACAAAACAAACUGGGAUUUAGGAGUUGCAAACCAGUCCAUCAACAGGAAGGGGGAUAUAAGAUUAAGCCCCAAGAAUGGAUACUGGACUAUAUGGCUGAGAAACGGAACUGAGUUAACAGCCAAUGCCGGCCCUGCCGUUAAUCUUAAUGUGAGGGAGAUGCCUCAAAAGGUUGGGGUGUUUGUUGAUUAUGAAGGGGGUCAAGUUUCCUUCUAUGACGUGGACGCCAGGGCUUGCAUCUUUUCCUUCACCGGAUGUAAUUUCACCGAGAAGCUCUUUCCGUUCUUCAGCCCCUGUGCUAAUGACGGUGACAAAAAUUCAGCCCCCUUGAUCAUCACUCCUGUCAAAUAAACCAGCUGAGCUCAUGUUCUGUUUUCUGGAUUUGUGAAAGAAAAAGAGACAGGGCGAGGGACUUGGAGAGAGAUCACACAAUAGCAGAGUGCUGAAAUGUUUUUAUCUGUGGAAAUCCAGUGUGUCAUUUGGUUUCCCCCAUCCAUCAAUGCCAGAACUGUGUGUCGCCUGUCACGCAGACAGCUGUAGAUCUCAAACUGAACACACACACACACAGGGUUACAGAAAGAAAUCUUUAUGAGCUGGCCAUUUAUUUUGAUACUUUAAAGCUACUCUUGCCUGCCAACAGACCAAAGAUGGGUGACGUAGCAUUUAAACAUAUUUUAAAGCACUUGUUUGUGCUUCUUGAAGUGCCACAUGUCAGAACUGUUUAUUUAUGACACCUUUAGCAGGUUGAAAUAACUAUUACUGUCUUCACAAAAUACUCUUUGACCUACUUUGGGUACAGAACAGCAUGUCCCAAGGUGACCCUCACAACACACCCUGCAAUAGAAAACAAAUCAGCGUCCUGGUGUUAACAGCAUACAGAAACUAUUAAGUUAAAAUAGUAUGCGAAUAUGUCUGGUGAAGAGAGACUUAAGCAACUGUUCCAAUUGAGCAGAGCCAAUUAAUAAUUUGUUUGUCGAUGGGUAACAAUUAAUUCUGUUUCUUCUUUUUUUUUUAGAGUUAUGUGUAUAUUGUUUUUUUGGAUACUGUUCUGCCAACAAGAAUAGCAUCAGAUGUGUCAGCAAGUGAUUAUUUUAACCUUAACCAUCAUCUCUACCUAAACCAAACUAUAGUGUUGCCAAAUCAUAAAACUGAUUUAACAGUGAUUUGUAAUGAUUUUGAAAGUCACAAACUAUUGAUGUCCUGCUGAUAAAGGGCACUGACAAACAAAGUAUUGUGUUGUUUGUAUAUGCAGGACUAGUUGUUGUUAUUGUCAUGAUGCUGGUUGUCUGUUAAAUGAGGUUGUAUAUUGGCAAUAUAUUGAUAUAUAUUAUAAUCUCAUCUGGACAUACAGUGAAGUCGCUUUAGUAGAGCCAGUCAGAUUUUCCAACUGAAUUGUUGUAUCAUUAAGAUGCCAGAGCCGAGGGAUCACACACUGGGCAAAUGAGUGUGUGGAGCUGUUGGAAUACUGUAUCUCCAUAAUGUCUGUUAAUAACAAUCAACCGUUUUCCUUUGAUGAUCAUUCAUUUUUAGCAUUAAGUGAGGAAGAUAAAUAACCAUCAAAUCAAAGAGAACCAUGCAAUGUGAAAAUUCAGAUGAACAAAAAGAAGGAAAAAAAAACACCAAAACUGGAAUGGUUUACUGGUUUCAAGUUUUUAAAUACCAGGACCAUUUAUACACAUGAUGUACUGUAGAAAUAAAUGAAUAAUCUGUAAUAAUACUAAAACGAUUAGUCAAUUAAUUGAUUAGAAAAUGAAUCGACAAAAUUCUCCAAUGUGAAGAUUUGCUGCUGUUUUAUCUUCACUGUAAAUUAAAUGUAUUUGACUUUUAAACUGUUGGUUGGAAACAAAUUGUUUUUGAGGACGUCACUUUGAGGCAUGAGAGACUUGGAUGGCCAUUCUCUGUUUUCUGACAUUUCACUGAUCUUUUAAAUGAUUAGUUGUAAAAAAAAAAAAAAAAUUAUUGAUAAUUG